UUGCGCCAUCUGCCGUGAUCUGUCAAAGAAUAGUUUGUCCAUCCAACCAUCUACACGUCUUUUUUCUAUUCCGUUGUUUUCUGUCAUUUAUAUUACAAUCGUAUUCUAAAAUAUAAUAUUGUGGUGGUUUAUUUUAACAGCAACUCUGUAAAUAGACCUGACUGUGUUAAAUACGAAUAUAUGUCACAAGAACAUAGUGGUGAUAACAAAUCGCAAACCCAAAGGAAUGGCGAACACAACAGACACUGAUACAAACAUACCAUUAUGAAAACCGUGUAAACCGUAAUGUGCGAUAGUGCGUGAUACCAUGGCGAGCGAUCGAGGCCCUGCGAUGGACACCCUGCACGUGGCCCACGGGCACAGCAAGGGGUCCAGCCGGAGCCAGUCGCCGUCGACGGCGGAACUGGCGCGGGACCCCGCCGUGGUCACCGAUGAUGCCGUCAUCAGGUCCCGCGUGCAGUCGCCUUCGACGGUGCAUCAUGUUGUCAGUGAGCCGUCGUCGAGUUCGUCGUCGCGGCACGGCGAGCGCUCGCACCACGUGAAGUCGCACUCGCGGGACCUCGGCACCAGCCCGCUGUCGGCCAACACCACCGGCAACAGCUCCAGGGACCUAGAAGACUCGCCGCAGAAGAAGAUCCUGAGUGGUUUGAUGGCGCCGGGCGACUACGCAGGCGCGGUGUACAGCCCCAACGUCUCGUACGGCCUGUCAUCUGACGAGUACGGGUCACCUGCGUACAGAGGUCAAGAUGGCGACUAUGCGAAUCAAGACGAGAGCGACGGCGCGAACGUGACGUCAUCGAAGGCGCUCGCCGCCAUCGCGCACCUCAACACCAAGAUCGAACGCACCAAGGACCUCAUCCGCCUCGAGCAGACCAUACGCGACGACAAUGUAAACGAGUACCUGAAGUUAGCCGCGAACGCGGACAAACAACAAUUACAACGUAUUAAGGCAGUGUUUGAGAAGAAAAAUCAGAAGAGUGCGCUCUGCAUCGCUCAGUUACAGAAGAAACUAGAAGGGUACAACAAACGGAUCAAGAACUGGGAGCAACACGGCACGAGCGGGCAGGCGCACCGCCAGCCGCGCGAGGUGCUGCGCGACAUGGGACAAGGCUUGAAGAAUGUGGGCGGCAACAUCCGCGACGGCAUCACGGGGUUCGGCGGCAGCGUCAUGGCGGCGCCGCGCGAGAUCGCGCACAUCUUCACGCGCUCCAACCGCUUCGGAUCCGCAGACAACAUCGCGCAGCUCGCCGAGAACACGGGUCCUUCGAACGCGUCGUCGGAAGGGUCUCGCGCGUCGGAGGCGGGGGAGGCGGGCGCGGCGCGGGGCUCCACGCUGCCGCGCGCCGCCACCUCGCCCGCGCCCAAGUACUCGCCCGACGCGUCCCCGAGCUCCUCCGUCACCAGCGAGGGCGCGCCGUACCCACCGCAGCCCGGCGCGAACAAUAUAUCUGAGACGACGUUCACGAUAAAGCCGAUACUGAACGAGCUGCGCGAACGGAGAGAGGAAUACGAACGGUUGUCGGAGAAGAUCGACGCGCUCAAGAAUUUGUCUCAAGAGGUGUCGUUCCUGUCGGCCGCGCUGCAGGAGGAGCGGUUCAAGACGGAGCGGUUGGAGGAGCAAAUCAAUGAUCUCACUGAACUGCACCAGAAUGAGGUGGAAAAUCUGAAGCAAGCGCUGACGGACGUGGAAGAGAAAGUACAGUACCAGAGCGAGGAGCGAAUACGAGACAUACACGAGGCGCUCGAUCUCUGUCAGACUAAAAUAAGUAAACUAGAGCAAUGGAUGGCGGGCGGCGGCGGUGGUGGCGGUGGAGCGGGAGGGGCGGGCGACUCCGGAGGUGCUGGUGCCCUCCCUCCUCGCCUGUUACUGGUGAAGCUCCUCAACGUGGCGCUGACGCUGCUGCAGCUGGCGUUACUACUCGUGGCCACCGUCGCGGGGGUCGCCAUGCCGUUCUUGCGCACCAGAGUCCGCGUACUAACAACGUCAGUGGCGGUAAUGGUCGGCGUUAUGGUGCUAAAGCAGUGGCCGGAAGUGACGCAAUUAUCGGAACACCUCGCGCGUCGGCUCAAAGACUACUUACUGGACGCGCGACGCGACAGGUAUGAAUGCACGUCGUUGUGUGGUUGAUAUUGUGACUGAACACCGACUCUAGUGGAAUUUAUAGGUGAUAUUGCAAUUUUGUCCUACGAUGCCUUAGUUUAGAACGAGCGGACAUUGUGAAAGAUUUCGAUUGAUAUCGACUUUGUUAGAAAGUAAUAUUGUAAAAUUGUGUUAUCAAUUUUAUAUAUUAAACAAUAAAGUUUAAAAUAUUACAAAUUAUAACUUUACAAAUGUAAUUGUGUAAUUAGAGAGAAUAAUCUUUUUCUAAGAUUUUUUUGCUAAGUAUAAUACUGUUAAAACUUAAUAAAACUUUUCAAUACACUAAGAUAUUUUACUUCUGGUAUAGUGCAAAUAUUCCAGUGUUCGCUCGUUCAUAAACGUAUUAAAAUUAUUUGUAUAUAACACGUUAUGGAAAUGUGAAUGAAUUCGUAUUGUACGUUAAAGGUAUACUUUUCACUGCAGUGAUAUUUUUUGUAUAAUUAUUUUUUAAGCGUGAAACGGAACGGCGACAUCCGGUUUCGAUUUAUAAUGAAAACUGCACUUUAUGUUAUUAGUUUAUGUAAACUCUCCUGUAUUAAUUUUAGUACAAAAUAACUUGUUUUAUCGAUUUAACAAUAAACGAAACCGAGUGUGGUCGAUUCGAUAUUUUUUAUUAAUGUCAAUAAUUAAACGGGCUGGGUCCCUGCUGAAUAUAUCGUUAGUGUUAUUUUAUCGUUUACUUUCGCACUGCGUUUAUAUCGAUAAAAAGCAUCGGCUUAUAUCGACUGCAAUGUAUCGAUAAAUCCGAAACGGACUAUCGAUAUUACGGUUCGUAGUCCUGAUAUAGUGAAUUUCGAAAAGGCUGACGUGUUUUCAAUCUCGAAUUGAUGGGAUAAUACGAAACGGUGCGGACUUGCGCCGUGCGGUGAUGGAAACUAAUUUUGAUACUUUAUCGAUGUUGGUGAUGAGGGGCGUUGUGGGCAAAAAUAAACAAUUUAGGAUUCGAAACAUUACAAAAUGGUAGAAAUAGGAAAAUGUUGAGAUUGAAAUAACUCCUGUGUACUCUUACAACACCUUCAGUUUUAUAGAUUUUGUAUAUAAAUAGUAUUUUUAAAUUAAAGUUUACGUAGUAUACUUUGCUCACAACCAAUCUCGGAAAAUGUUGGUUUUUGCACAUGUUGUAUAUAGUUUUUUUAAACAUAGGUUACGGAAUGUGUUGCCAUCACAAUUUUAGCUUAUUAAAACUGUGGUUUAAUACAAUAUUAUUACUUUUCUACUGAAAUCCGCUUUAGAAUUUGAACAAUGUAGGAUUGUUGAUAUUUAAUGAAUAUAUUUAUUGAAAUUAGUGGUGAUUCAUGUUGAUUUUGAAAGUGAGCCGCUGUUUAGUAAUUUUCAUUCAUAGUAAUCGACUAAUUAUAUCUUUGUUAUUGAAUGUCUUAAUUCAAAUCAAUACAAUUAUUUAAUGUGACAAAUUAUAUGUUCUUUUAAUGAAUUAUGAAUGGCAAUUACUAAAAAAAAUUAGAAGCAAUUGUAAAGCCAAUACUGAUGGGAAUGGUUUCGUCCCUGUAUACUCUUCUACGUGUAUAAAUUACUCUUGUACUAUACGAUUAGAUUUCAAUUUUAUACAAAGCAGUAGACGCCACAUACGCGAUAGAUGUCUUAGAUAAUUCCAUGCUUUCGAUUACGAAAUAACGACUGAACCAGUGAAAAUGUAUUGAUAUUUAUAAUACUCAUAGCAUUCGAAGUAAUUGUUCCAAAUAUCAGUGAUCAAAAUCCAUGUCAAUUUGUUAAAAAACGAAAUACGUAUCGUUUAAAACACGCAUUUGGCCAGAUAAAAAAAGUUCUUAUUUAAUCGAUGUUUUUAAUAGUCGAUGAAAAUGGAGCUGAAUCGACUAAGUAUCGAUAUAUCGACUAUCGAGGUACAUUUGAAGUUCGCAGGUUCAGUGGUCCGUUCAUAAUAGCUCAAUUUGAACACGCUUGUAACAGUGUCGCUAGCGUUUAUAAAACCAUCCUCCACGUAUUGGUAAAGUUAAUAUUCUCUUAACAUAUAAAAGAUACAUUCCAAAUUCACUUACUAGUGUGAUAACCGGUUAUUGGAUGUGAAAUUUAGCGAAUCGGGAGACGCAGAAGAUCCUUGUAAUGUUAAAAUUUAAAUUAAUUAUUGAUGUUCCUUUCAAACACGUUGACAUUUAUUAAAAACGUGACAUAUGUAAUUUUUUUUGGUUUAUAUAUCCGAUGUGUGCAUCCUGAUUUGCAAAUGGAUACGUGUUGAAUCAAACACGUUACGAAUAAUCGCCCAGUGACUACCAUCCAAGUAUAAUGAAGUGUACAAAAAUAAGCUUUUUCUAACAUCGUUUGUGUAUAUUUUGUAAAUAUUUUUUUAUGGCACUUGAUACUGUCGAGAGUGUUUUACUCUGGAAGUUGUGACGUUUAUUUUAAGAUGGCGCUGUUUUAUUUUGUAAAGACACGUAAUAGAUCUUAAAAUAAAUGCCGUAAAGUUAAAUCAAAAUUACCCCGAUAGUAGCCCCUGUGGUUUACGUUGUAUUGUGUUAAUGCGAUGUCAUGAUUACAAAUGUCAAUUUACGUUGCCCGGCUAAUGGAUUGAAUUAAAUCAUCACAAUUUUAUUCGA